AUGCAACUCAGCCUGUCUGGGCGCUGGGAGGGUGACGAGAUAUUGAUUGACCAUGGCAUAGAACGAGUACAAAGACGUCAUGGCCACCCAAGUGCCUGCCCACGCGCACGACGCAAAAAGCUCGAGUCGGUACAUUUCAUACCUCCAGUCUGGUCUCUCGCAACCCAGAAGGGUGUUGUUGAUACCGCAAAGAGACGGGAGAGAUACUGCAACGAUCAAAACCUCGGAGACUGGCAAACCGUGCUACUCGAAGCUGGCGAGAGCAUCAAGUCGAUUGCUAUGGACUUCCUUCUUUGGAUAUGCGAGAGGAGCGCGGUGAGAUCCUAUGGGACUACCUGGGUCUACUUUCGAAUGUAUGCGAGGCCGGAGAAAACAGGAAAGAGAAAGAGUUGCAUGCGUGACGGCCGACCCGGGUUCUUUUGUGUCUCUCCUCCCGACGCACGCGUGGGAACGGCCGCAGCUGCGGGAGCAUGAGUAAUUCUGGUGAUCCGAGGCGUAGAG